UCCUCCGAGGAACGAGCCCAAGGGGAGAGGCUUGACAAGAAGUGGAAGCCAAUCACCAAGGAGGAGGGCGUCAGAGCCGAGAAGGAGAAGCUUGACAAGAAGAGGGUUUGAGACCCCCCAAGAUGCUUCUUAGGAGAGGCUUGGUAAGAAGAGGGCUCUGGAUUCCCAUGCUCUGGGAAGAUUUUUGACAAGCUAAUGGGGAGUGAUUUGGCUCGCAAAUCUAUGCCAUGACCCCAAGUCUAAGAACUGAUCAAAUCCUCUUUGGGGAUAGGGGACCCAAAUGACUCAGUUCUUGUGGUCAAUCUGGAUGAUAGUUCGCAAGAGGAAGGAACUACCCUGGCCGAUUCUUUAACAAUCAAGGAGCCGAUCAUUAGCCUUGUAAUUACGGCUCCUGAGGAUCGGGCAACAGCUGAAGAGCCGAUUGUUAGUUCAACGAUUGAGACUACUGAAGAUUGAGCCCCAGUUGUAGAGCCGAUCGCCAGUCUUGUAGUCGAGAUUAUUGAAGAAUGGGCCUCAAUUGCAGAUUCGAUCGCUAGUCCCGUGAUUAGGACUAUCGAGGAUCAGACUACAACCAUAGAGCCGACCUGCCAAGACACUGUAGGACAACCUAUGGAGGGUCUUGGAGAAGUUGAAGUGGCUGAAGUUCCUAUCGAGAAUCUGAUUGGGCCGAACGAUAAAGAGGCUGAAAUUCAAAAAGGUUCGGCAAGUCCUUCGUUCUGUGUUGAUGACGACACGCCGGAAGCUGAAGAACCCACUCUCCUGCCCCUUGGUGGAAAAUAGUGGGAACGUUAGCUGAUCCCUUGGAGUUUGUCAAAGAGGUUAUUCCUGAAAGGUACACUAAGGGCAAGGAAAGGUCCCACGGGAUUUUUUGGUGGAGGCCUUAGUUUCCUGUCUGUUUGUGGUUUUGCAGCAAGUGGUCGAGGGGCUGAGUCUACCCAGGGAACAUUAGAGGUUCUCCGAGGAGAAAUCGUCCGAAGUCACAAAUUCUACCAAGAAAUUGACUAGCGCUUGCCCCUUCACAGCCGUUCUUGGCAGGUGCUUGUGAUGACACCUGCAAUUUUGCUUGCUGGCUUGAAGCAUAGUUGUUUCAAACUAAGCAUGAUAAAGGUUUUAAUAUUUGAUGAAUGCCACCGUGCCAGUGGUAAAGACCCUUAUGCUUGCAUUAUGAGGGAGUUCUAUCACCAUCAGCUAAGUUCUACUAGAUCUGAUCUUCCUAGAAUAUUUGGGAUGACUGCUUCCCCCAUAAAGACAAAGAGUGGAGACUCUGAAAUCUCUUGUUGGCAAAAGAUUCAUGAACUUGAGACCAUGAUGAAUUCAAAGAUGUAUACUUGUGCGAGUGAAUCUGUGCUUGCUCAAUUUAUACCAUUUUCGACUCCGAAGUUUAAAUUCUAUAGGCAUGAGGAAAUUCCAUGUACCUUAUAUGGACGCUUAGUUCGUGAUUUGCAGAGUUUAGAAGAAAAGCAUCUACUCUCACUAAAAAUGCUUGGUCUCGAAGAAUCUGCUGCAGAUGCUUCAAGCAAAAAGAUAAAAAAGAUUGCUUCAGCUUUAAUAUUCUGUUUGGAUGAGCUUGGUGUUUGGCCUGGUCUAAAGGCUACACAGUCCUUUUCAUGCAAUGAAACUGAUUUAAUUUCAUGGGGAAAACUGGAUGUGCGUAGUCAGACAAUUGUUAAUAAUUUCAGUUUGGAUGUUUUCCAUGCAUUUGCCACUUAUGUUCCAUCAGGUCCAGAGUGGUCUAUUGGUGAUGAUGUUAAAGCCAAUAUGGAUGCAGGGCUUGUGACUUCAAAAGUUGUCUGUCUCAUUGAAUCUCUUCUUGAAUACAGGGCUUUAAAGGAUAUUAGAUGUAUAGUCUUUGUGGAAAGGGUCAUUACAGCCAUUGCCUUACAUUAUCUAUUGAAUGAGUUGCUUCCGAAAUACAACAGCUGGAAAUCUAAAUACAUUGCAGGCAAUAACUCUGGGUUGCAAUCCCAGACAAGGAAAAAACAGAAUGAAAUUGUGGAAGAAUUUCGUGAAGGCAUGGUGAACAUCAUUGUUGCAACAUCAAUUCUUGAAGAAGGUUUAGAUGUUCAAAGCUGCAACUUGGUGAUUAGAUUUGACCCUCCUUCCACCGUUUGUAGUCUCAUACAGUCCAGAGGCCGUGCUAGAAUGCAACAUUCAGAUUAUCUAUUAAUGGUGAAGAGUGAGGAUUUUGCUACUCGAUCUCGACUAGAGAAAUAUCUUGCUGGUGGAGAUAUUAUGAGAAAGGCAUCCUUAGGCCAUUCUUCACUCCCUUGCUCACCUCUUCAAAGUGAUUUAAAUGAUGAAGAAGUUUAUUCUGUUGAAAGCACUGGAGCAUCCGUGACACUGUCUUCUAGUGUUGGUUUGUUAUACAUCUAUUGCUCACGGCUCCCUUCUGAUCGCUAUUUUAAACCAUUUCCAAGGUGGGAUGAGAAGACUCGCACUCUACAUCUUCCCAAGAGCUGUCCUUUACAGAAAGUUGUUGUAGAAGGAAAUAUUAACUCUAAAAUUGUGAAGCAGACUGCCUGCCUUGAAGUAUGUAAGAAACUUCACGAGAUUGGUGCUUUGACAGAUAAUCUUGUUCCAGAUAUUGUUGUGGAAGAAGGCACAGCACAAGAAUGUGUGAAUGAACAUUAUAUUGAUGAGCAACCCAGUUACUUCCCACCUGAACUAGUCGAUUGUCGUCCAAAGAAUUCUAAAAUAAUGUAUCAUUGCUACUUAAUUGAGUUGAAGCAGAACUUUGGUUAUGAUGUUCCAGUUCAUGACAUCAUGCUUGUCAUGAGAAGGGAGCUAGAUUCUGAUGUUGGAAGCAUGCAUUUUGAAUUGGACGUUGAUAAGGGUAGCUUAGCAGUGAACUUUAAAUAUGUAGGAGUGAUGCAUCUUAGCUCAGAUCAGGUCCUUUUGUGUAGAAGGUUUCAGAUAACUCUUUUAAGAGUUCUUAAAGAUCAUAAUUUGAAUAAUUUAAAGGAGCUUUUGGAUGGAGAUUGUUCAGGAGAUAAUAUUGAGAUUGACUAUCUUUUGCUUCCAGCCACUGGCAAAGAUCAGAGACCUUUGAUUGAUUGGGAAUGUAUUACUUCUGUGCACUUUUCAUGUGAAAAGUUUUUUGAAUCUCACUUGAAUUGUUCUUUGCCCAAGGGUUAUGCUCGUUGUGUACAGACCAAAGAUGGUUCUGUAUGCACAUGCAUGCUUCGGAAUUCUUUGGUCUAUACCCCUCACAGUGGUCAUGUGUACUGCAUAACUGGAAUUUUGGGAUUGAAUGGAAACUCACUUCUGAAGCUCAGGGAUGGCAGAAUGGUUACAUACAAGAAGUACUAUGAAGAUCGGCAUGGCAUCAAGCUGCGUUUUCAUAACGAAUUAUUGCUUAAUGGGAGACAUAUUUUUCAGGUGCAAAAUUACCUUCAGAGAUGCAGAAAACCGAAAGAGAAAGAAUCAGGUCAUACAACAGUUGAAUUGCCUCCAGAACUUUGCAAAAUAAUCAUGUCACCAAUAUCAAUCACUACAUUUUAUUCAUUCUCAUUUGUUCCUUCGAUCAUGCAUCGGCUUGAGUCUUUGCUUCUAGCUGUCAAUUUAAAAAAGAUGCAUUUGGAUCAUUGCACGCAAAAUGAUGUUAUUCCAACUAUCAAGGUCUUGGAGGCAAUUACUACUAAGAAAUGCCAAGAGGCAUUCCACUUGGAAUCUUUAGAAACUCUUGGAGAUUCUUUUCUCAAAUAUGCUGCUAGUCAACAGCUUUUUAAGACCUAUCAAAAUCAACACGAGGGCGUCCUUACUGCGAAGAAAGAAAAAAUAAUUUCUAAUGCAGCUCUUUGCAAGUUUGGAUGUGACUGCAAACUUCCGGGAUUUAUUCAGAAUGAGUGCUUCGAUCCUAAAAAGUGGAUAAUUCCUGGAGAUAGAUCUCGAAGUUAUGCAUUAAGUGAGGAGUUGCUUCUUAGUACGAGGAAAAUCUAUGUUAGGGAAAGUAGGAAGGUGAAAAGUAAAACUGUUGCUGAUGUUGUUGAAGCACUAAUUGGUGCAUUUCUUAGCACUGGUGGUGAAACAGCAGCCUUAUUAUUUAUGGAUUGGGUGGGUAUAAAGGUAGACUUCCACGUUACACCGUAUGAGAGGCACUUCCAAGCUCACGCAGAGAAACAUCUAAAUGUCAGACAUUUGGAGUCUUUGUUGAACUACUCAUUCAAUGAUCCCUCUCUAUUGCUGGAAGCUUUGACCCACGGCUCUUACAUGCUUCCUGAGAUUCCAAUAUGUUAUCAGCGACUUGAAUUUCUUGGGGACUCGGUGUUGGAUUAUCUCGUGACCAGGCAUUUCUAUUAUAAAUAUCCUGGGUUAUCGCCAAAAUUGUUAACUGACAUGAGAUCUGCUUCUACAAAUAAUGAUUGUUAUGCACGAUCUGCAAUUAAGUUUGAACUGCACAAACACAUCCUCCAUAGCUCACAAACACUCGACAGGCAUUUAGCCGAAACGGUUAACAAUUUUGAAAAGUUAUCUUCAGAAUCAACUUUUGGAUGGGAGUCAGAGACAACUUUCCCCAAGGUACUUGGUGAUGUUAUAGAGUCUUUGGCAGGAGCCAUUCUUGUGGAUUCGGGAUACAAUAAGGAGAUAGUCUUUCAGAGUAUAAGGCCUCUUUUGGAGCCUCUGAUUACUCCUGAAACAGUGAUGCCCCAUCCUGUGAGGGAGUUAAAUGAGCUUUGCCAAACAAGGCCUUAUAAUAUGAAAGAACCCAUCAAGUCCCGCAACAAGGGUAUGGCUUCGAUUACAAUAGAGGUUGAAGCAAAUGGGAUCUCCUUCAAAUCUACAGCUACAGCUGCCGAUGGAAGGACAGCGAAAAAGAUAGCAUCAAAACAAGUAUUGAAGUCUCUCAAGGAGUCUCUCAAGGAACAAAUUCUAUGAAAUAAAGUCCUGACCAAAGUUUUGAGCUUCACAUGGUAAAAGUUAUUAGGAUAUAUAUAUAUAUAUAUAUAUAUAUAUAUAUAUAUAUAUAUAUAUAUAAGUGAAGUUUUAGGAAAAUUUGCACUUACAUACCCACAAGUUUGUUCGUGUAUUGAGUUAUUAAUUUUAUGUUUUGGAUACAUAUAGCAUAAAAACAAAAUUUGUUAUAUGUUGGUUGUAAAUUGUAAUCUCACAUCAAAGUUGUCAUCCGGUGUAAAGUGGUGUUGUAACUUUCUUUGUAACAAAGUGAUGUUUUUUGUCUUGCUAUUUAUGGACUAUAAUAAAGGCAUUGUUGUAAUUUGGUAA